AUGGCCAGGGGUUUGAUAGCAAUGUCGUUGCACGGGCUUGUGAUAACGGGGGCUGUUGCGUUAGCGCUUUGGGCGUCAGGGGUGGCCGCGGGUGCUGCGCGCUACGAUACUGCGACACCGCACACGCCGCCCGCCGCAAAGUACAAGUACAUUCCUUUGCAUUCCAGUGACAAUGGUUUAGAAGAAAUACCCGACGGAGAUGAAACAGAGGAUGAUACUACAAGUUCGGGAAUGCCAACGUCUGAGCUGAUCCUAACACUAUUCCGUACAGCCUUAGAUGUUGUCAGAAAGAUUAACAAAAAUCGUGCCACAUCAGCCUUGCCUACGACCGCUAGCAACAAUACCGCCAUUCAGUUGCACCGAAAAACCGCUGGAAAUGGCACAUCAGGCUCAGGAAGAGGAUUUGAGGACUACUACGAUGAGCAUCAUUAUCAUGAGACCACGACCACUGAGAAACCAUUGAAGCAGGGAAGAUACACUGACCCCUGGGCUGGAUACUACGACUGGAUCAUCAACGAGGGCUCCUUCAAGUUCUGGAGCGUCUUUCAGCUCUUCACAGCGGCGGUGCUUCUCUACGCGUGCUUAUCUGCCAUCUAUUACGCCAAAUUCAAUCCUAUCAUUCCGGAUUACAGUUUAGAGUACGAUGACUAUUUCCUAGAACGUAAUUCAGGUAGAAAAGCUAGAAGUAUAGACCCCUCAAAUACCCUUUCAGGGCUAAGUUGGAUAAAUCCAAUAACGUUUCAGUUCAUUCUGGACGCGAUAUCGAACCAUUAUGAAAAUCAAUGA